AAAGAAGAAGAAAAACUGCAAUCUGAUUCGCACUAUAUAAACAAACUGUAAGCUUAAGGUCUCUCAAAACAUAUAUCGAUCAUACGGAGGUAGAGGACGCUGAGAACGGAGAAUCCUAAAUCGUAGCUCGUCACCGUAAGCUUACUUCUCUCUGCUUCGUUUCGCGGCGGUUAUUAGGGUUUAAUCUCGUCGGCGUUUUGAAAGUUCUUCGAUUAGAUCAGAUUUGUGGUUAACAUUGUUUAUCUGUUUGAUCUUGAAUCCUUGGGUUUUGGUGAUGGCGAACUUGGGAGAGAAGAUUGAUCCUAAGUCCUCUGGAGAUAGAAUUGCUAAGGGAAGGCCUCUGGAGCGUGAUGAUACAGUUUCUGAUCGGCAGAGCAAGAGACGUUGUAUUAGAGAUGAUGAUGUGGUUUAUCAGCCCAAGACUAAGGAGACAAGGGAUGCUUAUGAGGCUAUGAUUGGCCUUAUUCAGCAGCAUCUGGGUGGGUGGCCUUUGGAUAUUGUUAGUGGUGCCGUAGAUGAGAUCUUGGCUCUUCUCAAUAACGAUGCAGUCAAUAACCCCUGAAAAGAAAUUGGAGAUUCAGAAGCUUCUAAAGCCUAUACCUGAGGAGAUGAAUCAGGUUUUUGAUCAGCUUGUUUCCUUUGGGAAAUUGAUCACCGACUUUGGUGUGGCUGUUGAGUUUGAGGAGGACGAAGAAGAGAGUGAUUCUGAUAUAGCCCAGGAUGAAGAACUUCAGGAAACUGGAGGUAUGCAGGUGGAUGCAGGGGAGGGCACGAGUCUGAACGUUCAGGAUAUUGAUGCAUACUGGCUCCAGAGAGAAACAGCGAUAGAGAGGGAGGAGAACCUGCUGAAAAGUCUUUAUGAAGCAGCCCGGCGUUUGAAGGACAGAACUGUUGCUGAUAGAGAUUUAGAAAGUGGUUGGUUCAAGGGUCAGCGUCAGAUGCUGGACCUGGAGAGCUUGGCUUUUGACCAAGGUGGUUUCCUGAUGGCGAAUGAGACGUGUGUCCUUCCACCUGGCUUCUACAGAAGUCGUGGCGAGGGAUAUGAUGAACUUAACGUCCCAUGGGUUUCUAAAAAGGUGGAUAUCAAUGAGAAGCUUGUGAAGAUCACGGAGAUGCCAGCUUGGGCUCAACCGGCUUUUAAGGGAAUGCAACAGUUGAACAGUGUUCAGAGCAAAGUAUAUGAGACCGCACUAUUUAAGGAAGAUAACAUUCUUCUUUGUGCUCCAACCGGUGCUGGGAAAACCAAUGUUGCCAUGCUCACCAUUCUCCAGCAAAUCGGAUUCAAUAAGAAGGGUGAUGGAACAUAUAACCAUGGAAAUUACAAAAUUGUCUAUGUUACACCCAUGAAAGCCCUUGUUACUGAGGUAGUCAGUAACCUGUCUUAUCGUCUGAAGGAUUAUGGAGUUACUGUGAAGGAACUCAGUGGGGAUCAGUCUCUUAGUGGGAAAGAAAUUGAGGAGGCCCAGUUAAUUGUUACCACACCAGAAAAGUGGGAUAUCAUCACCAGGAAGUCUAGUGAUAUCCAGCUUGUGAGACUUGUUAUUAUCGAUGAAAUCCAUCUUCUUCAUGAUAAUAGAGGGCCUGUGCUUGAAAGCAUUGUCGCUAGAACUCUUAGACAGAUUGAUACCAUGAAGGAGAAUAUUCGCUUGGUGGGUUUGUCAGCUACACUGCCAAAUUAUGAAGAUGUGGCCUUAUUUUUGCGGGUUGAUCUUAAGAAAGGGUUAUUUAAGUUCGACCGCAGCUACAGACCAGUGCCUCUUGGUCAGCAGUAUAUUGGAAUCAGUGUGCAAGAACCGUUGCAGAAGUUCCAGAUGAUGAAUGAUCUUUGUUAUCAGAAAGUGUUGGCUGGUGCUGGAAAGCACCAGGUUCUUAUUUUUGUUCAUUCGAGGAAGGAGACAGCAAAAACUGCAAAAUCAAUAGUGGAGAAUGCAAUGGCUAACGAUACCGUCAGCAGAUUCUUGAAAGAAGAUAGUGCAAGUCGUGAAGUUCUUCUGAGUCAGAUUGAACUUACUAAGAAUGGUGAUCUGAAAAAACUUCUACCUUACGGUUUUGCUAUUCAUCAUGCUGGGCUAACAAGGGGUGAUCGGGAGAUAGUUGAGGCACUUUUUGGUGAAGGGCAUGUGCAAGUCUUGGUUUCCACAGAAACUCUCGCAUGGAGUGUGAAUUUGCAUGCUCAUACUGUCAUAAUCAAAGGAACCGAGGUCUAUAAUCCUGAGAAAGGGGCGUGGAUGGAACUCACUCCCCUGGAUGUUAUGCAGAUGCUUGGUCAUGCUGGAAGACCUCAGUAUGAUCAAUAUGGGGAAGGUAUAAUUAUCACUAGCUACAGCAAGGUGCAGUUUUAUCUUUCUUUGAUGAAUGAGCAACUACCUAUUGAAAGCCAGUUUAUUUCAAAACUUGCUGAUCAGCUUAAUGCUGAAAUUGCGCUUGGAACGGUUCAGAAUGCUAGAGAGGCUUGCCAUUGGCUUGGCUAUACGUAUCUAUAUUACCGUAUGGUUCGUAAUCCAACGCUUUAUGGGUUAGCGCCUGAUGUCCUUGCAAAAGACGUAGUGUUGGAGGGAAGAAGAGCUGACCUGAUACACUCAGCUGCUACUAUCUUGGACAAAAACAACUUGGUUAAGUAUGACAGGAAAAGUGGAUGUUUCCAAGUUACUGAUCUGGGAAGGAUUGCUAGCUACAACUGUGUAAGUCAUGGGACCAUAGUUACGUACAAUGAGCUUUUGAAGCCAACGAUGGGUGCUAUAGAUCUUUAUCAUCUGCUAUCACUGAGUGAGGAGUUCAAGUAUGUGACUAUUGGGCCAGAUGAGAAGAUGGAACUGGCGAAACUUUUGGGUCGUGUCAUGGUUCCGAACAAGGAAACUCUGGAGGAGCCCAGUGCAAAGAUUAAUGUUUUGUUACAGGCAUACAUUUCACAGCUUAAGCUUGAGAGUCUUUCUUUGACAUCAGACAUGGUUUUUAUAGGUCAGAACGCUGGACGUCUUGUACGAGCUCUCUAUGAAAUUGUAUUGAAACGCGGAUGGGUUCAACUGGCUGAGAAAGCUCUGAAAAUGGUUGGGAGGAUUACUAGAAAAAAAAAAAAAUUAGGCUAUUUGCUAUUGACUCUAGAUCAGCAGAUUACUGGUACCUUGUUUCUAGUUCUGUCAACUAGCAUCUCAAGCGACUUGAUUUAAGCGUAUUUGUGUUGUUGGCGCAAUAACCUCGUGGAACUUUCCCUUAGCCAUGAUUACUCGGAAAGUCUUGCUUUGUUGUACCUUUUCAGUUUACCUUCUCUUUUAUAGAACCUGUCUAGUAUACUGUAUACUAUCCCAGUAGAUUAUGUUUUUUCAUUAGAUUUGAUGUGGAUGGUUGACGGCAAUGCAGGUUAGCCCUGCUCUUACUUCUGGAUGCACAGUCGUGUUGUUAAACCAUCUGAACUUACGCCCCUAACAGCACUUGCUGCGACUGAAUUUGCACUCCGGUAAAGUAUGACUUUAGGCUUGAACCAUAUAUCCCACCAGGAUCUCUGGUCUAAUCAAUUUUGAUACCCUCAUGUCAGGGAGAUGACCUGAUAAUUUGUAGAUUUCGAACACGUAGUCUUUCCUUUAUAACAUAAUCUGGUUUUAUCAACCCAUCUCCAAAUGCUUGUAUUGUCAUGAAUGUGGCUACUACUAAUCUGAUGUGUGACUAUUGUGGCUGGAAGGAUAGUUUUUAAUGAUGUUCCUUAUGUCAUCAAGAACUCUCUGACCAGACCAAUUCUUUGCAGCUGUUUUGAGUUUUUUUUGUAUGAUUCGUUUACAUGUAUUUUCAACAGGGUGUUUUCUAAUCAUCUCUGUGUACUUUCUGAUAUUUGUAUCUUUGCCAUUUGUAGUUAGUGAUUCAUGAUAAGUAACCAUAUUAAUUGACUGCUUUGUUUCUUUGUAUGAUGGCAGCUGCUGCAUCUACUGCAAGAAGGUAUGCUUAAGCCACAAUGUCAUGUUAUUUGAAAUUUUGAAAUAUAUCCUCCAGAUCAAAUAUUGCUGGUACCUCUUUUUUCCAUGGUGUAGGUUUCUCUAGAACUUGGCGGCAAUGCACCCUCCAUAAUAUUUGAUGAUGCAGACCUGGAUGUUGCAGUAAAAGCAACGGAAUAGUGGCCAGACAUGUGUUUGUGCGAACAGAGUACUUGUGCAAGAUGGUACAGCGCACACCCCUAUGGAUCUUGCAUCUAGUAUCAAUUAGUAUUUUUUUUUUCCACAGGUAUAUAUGAUAAAUUUGCUGAGGCUUUUUCUUAAGCAGUACAAAAAUUAGAAGUAGGAGAUGGCUUUAAGGAGGGGACACCCAGGUCCACUUAUAAACGGUGCAUUAAUUCAAAAGGUAGUCAUUCGUACAAGAUGCUGUUUCCAACAGAGCAAAAAUCAUUCUCGGCGGCAAAAGGCACAGUCUAGGGAUGACUUUUUAUGAGGCUCUACUGUUAUCCGUGAUCAUGUCUAUGCAAGUUCUGAAAGAUUCACAUAAUUUCAGUGUUUUAGCUUUUUGUCUCUAAAGAAUGAAGUUGAAGCAUCUAGUGUUCUUCGCAUUUGUUUCUUAGGAAGGAGAUUUUCGGACCAGUAGCUCCCCUUAUUCGGUUCAUAACCGAGAAGGAAGCUGUCAGAAUCGCUAAUGACACUAUUGCAGGACUUGCUGCUUAUAUAUUCACAAACAGUGUCCAAUGAUCGUGGCGUGUCUCUGAAGCACUUGAGUACGGGCUUGUAGGGGUGAACGAAAGGACUCAUAUCAACAGAAGCAAGACCAGAAAUGGAAGAAUCAAAUUUUUGAAAAUUAGUCAUUCAUUUGGUCCAGUGUCGUCCCACAAUUUGGGGUGGCCUAAAGCAUUAAAAAAAUUGUGUGGCCUAUUAUAUUAUAUACCAAUAAUAUAUAGUAAUACACUAACACCAAAUCAGUACAAAAGUGUAAGAAAUAAUCAAAUGGUUAAAAUAAAAACUAUAUUGGACAAAAGGAGGAUAGUUCUCCUAACUCAA